AUGGAGAAGGAAACUUCCAGCCGUAAACGGAGAGAAUCCGAUUCACAUCGAGAUAGAGAAUCAGCUAAAGAACACCACCACCACCGCUCCAAGCACGACGACGGCCGCCAUCGCCGCAGGUCUGAUUUCAGAGCUGAGAGAGAGGGGAGUAGGGAUCGGGAUGCGCGCAGAGAGCGCGAGAGGUCGCAUUCGGUUGAGCGGAAGAAGAUGAAGGAUAGGGGGGAGAGCGAGGAGAGGGAUCGAGACGUGCGUCGCGAGCGCGAGCGAUCUCAUUCGGUGGAGAGGAAGAAGAGGAAGGAGAGGAGCGAGAGUGAGGAGAGGAGCGAGAAGAGGACUAGGGUUUAUGACGACAGUGGGAGAGAUAGGCGAAGGUUUGAGGAUGUUAGGACCGAGGAGGGUGAUAAAGAUGACGAGGGUUUGGAGUUUGGAGGGGACUCUGUGACUAAAGGGGUGAAGCACGAGCCGCGCAAUGGGGUUGCAACUGGACCAAUUGUUGCUCCAUCUAGUACUUAUUCUGAGACUUUUGGGGCUCGUAUUGAUUCUCCUACAACUAAGGUAUCUUCAAUUUCCAAGACAAAUGAAAAUAAGGGAGUUAAUAUUAACAGAUCUCAUGAGGUUCCUGGGAAAUCCAGUACAGAUUGGACAACUUCAGAUGCCAGCUCAAGUGGGGGCUUGUCCCGUGAUAUUUUAGCCAAAGCUAAGUUAACUCUUCAAAAGAAGAAAGAGCUUGCAGAGAGGAUGAAGAAGAUUUCUUCAUUGAACAGUAAUGUGGGCUCAACAGGAGUGGGUAAUCAAAGAGCAAAACCUUCUUCCUCAGGCGUACUCCCGAGUCUAACUAGUGCUCCAGUCAGUGUUCCUACCGAAGGGAUGCCAAGCACACCUAAUCCUGCUGCCCCAUUACAGGCAGGUGUUCCUCAGAUUGCUGGACUAACAGCACAGAACGUUGAAGCUGUAAAACGUGCACACGAAUUGGCUGCUAAGAUGGGAUUUUGGCAAGACCCUGAGUUCACUACCGUCUUUAAUGCAUUUCCAGGGCAGAUGCCGCCGGAUGUUACCAUCCAACCGAAACCUUCAAAAGUUCCUGUUCUUCGUUUGGAUGCAAUGGGCCGGGAAAUUGAUGAGGAGGGGAAAGUCGUGGAUAUUCCGAAAGCGCAAAGCCUUAGCACUCUCAAGGUGAAUAUCAACAAGCAAAAGAAAGAUGCCUUCCGAAUUCUCAAACCUGAACUUGAUGUGGAUCCUGAAACAAAUCCACAUUUUGAUCCUAGGGUGGGGAUUAAUAAAAAUAAGCUAUUAAGGACUAAGAGGCCAACAAUGCAGUUUGUCGAGGAAGGCAAGUGGUCAAAAGAUGCAGAAAGCAUUAAACUGAGGUCUCAAUUUGGAGAAGCAAAAACCAAAGAGCUUAAGGCAAAGCAAGCCCAGCUGGCAAAGGCAAAAGCAGAGCCAGAUAUAAAUCCAAAUCUGAUAGAGGUAGGAGAGAGAGUGAUUACCAAGGAAAAGCCCAAGGAAUCAAUUCCUGAUGUCGAGUGGUGGGAUGUGCCUUUUCUACGCUCUGGUAGCUAUGGUGAUAUAAUUGAUGGUCGCAUAGACGUAGAUAAUAUCAAGAUGGACAAAAUUACCAUAUAUGUUGAACACCCUCGACCAAUUGAACCUCCGGCUGAACCAGCUCCGCCUCCACCUCAACCAUUAAAGCUAACUAAGAAGGAGCAGAAGAAACUUCGCACACAGCGUCGGUUGGCUAGGGAAAAAGAUAGGCAAGAGAUGAUUAGACUUGGUGUUUUGGAGCCACCAAAGCCUAAAGUGAAAAUGAGCAACCUCAUGAAAGUUCUUGGAUCAGAAGCAACACAGGACCCCACAAAGCUUGAAAUGGAAAUAAGAAGUGCUGCAGCUGAGCGUGAGCAGGCUCACAUUGACAGGAACAUUGCCCGUAAGCUCACGCCAGCAGAGCGCCGUGGAAAGAAAGAGAGAAAGCUAUUUGAUGAUCCCAGCACCCAUGAUACAAUUGUUUCGGUUUACAAGAUCAAUGACCUCUCUCAUCCCCAGUCCCGUUUUAAGGUUGAUGUUAAUGCCCAAGAGAACAGGCUGAGUGGAUGCGCAAUAAUUUCAGAAGGCAUAAGUGUUGUCGUUGUUGAGGGUGGUUCCAAAGCAAUCAAGAGAUACGGGAAGCUUAUGCUUAGGAGGAUUGAUUGGACUGCUACUGUUGAAAAAGAAGACGAUGAAGAAAAUGAUGAUGAGGAGAAACCAGUUAACAAAUGUGUGCUUGUUUGGCAGGGAAGUGUUGCUAAACCAAGUUUCAACAGAUUUUUCGUCCAAGAAUGCAGAAGUGAAGCAGCUGCACGCAAAUUCUUUUCAGAUCAUGGUGUUGCUCAUUAUUGGGAUCUUGCAAUCAACUUCACCACCGAUGAUCCUUUGUAAUCUCCAUGUUUUGGACUAGUCUGCUCCAUGAUUCUCGACUUCUUUUCAUAUUGAAAUUUGCUUCCUAGUAACCAUGCAUUCGACUAUGUAAUGUUGGGCAUCGCUAAUUUUCGGAAAAAUCUGGUUUCAUUAUGCUGAGUUGCUUGAUAAUAAUGAUUGGGGUUUUGCAUA